AUGGGGUCCGCGUUGAGUACCGGGAAGCAUCCCCUAAUAGAUUCGUCCUUGGUAUUUCCAGCCCCCCCAUCUUCAUACAGCUGCAGCAGCGAUGGCUUGUUGCUGCUCCGUUCCCGGUUUGCUAUCACCUCGGGAUCUCCUGCGGCAGUGCCAGCGUUCCUUGUGGUUCCUUCUCCACAAUCUCACCUUAAGCUUGCUGCAGCCCUAAGGACAGCUCGACUAGCUGCUGCUGCUGCCGAAGCAGCAGUCGCUGCUGCUGCUGCAGCAGGCGGCCUCCCUCCCCAGCAGCAGCAACGCCGUCGGAGCAAUAUAGAAGGGAUAUGCGCAUCUCCAGCCGCAGUGGCAAGGACGGAGCUGAGUGAUGGAGAAACCGAGCGGCAGCAGCAGCUGUUCCAGCAACUGGAACAAAGGAGAAAGGAGCUGCAGCAGCACAUGCUAGUGCUGCAGCAGUUGCAGCGAGAGCAAAGGCAGCAGCGGGUCCUGCGCCGCAGACAGACGCGCAGGGCCUUGACUUCACAAGCUGAAGAACCAGCAAGUACGACAGCAGAAGCAGAAGGUGGAGAAGCAGAAGCAGCAGCAUCGGUAGUCGCUGCUGCUGCUCUUACGAUCAGUUCAGCAGCGGAUACUCCUGCUUCUCAGAGGGAAUCAUUCCUUCUCUCAACAAGUUCAGAAGCAGGGGAAGCGAGCGCAGCAGCAGCAAGUGACGCAGUAUUGACAGCAGGAAAGAGUGGCAGCUACUGGGACACGGAAGCCACGGGAGGCGGUGUAGGCAGUGACUAUUGCAUUCUUUACUUCCAUGGAAACGCGUGCGAUGCCAACAUGGUCAGAGGGUGGCUGCAAGUUGUCGCAGACGAGUUGGGCAUCCCUAUUCUGGUCUUUGAAUACCCGGGCUAUGGCCUCCUCUCGGGUAUUGCGUCUUCUUCUUCCGGGAUCGACCGCUGUGCCAAGGUCGCUCUGGAGUUUCUCGUAGAGCAGCUGCAGUUUCCCCCGGAAAAGAUCAUCCUUUGUGGCCGGUCUAUAGGGACAGGCCCUGCUGCUUUUCUCGCCUCUCGCUUAGCCAAGUGCAACUUGCAGCUGGGCGGCCUUGUGCUCAUAUCUCCUUUUGCAUCCAUGGCAGCCCUUGCAGCUGAUAUGGCGGACUUGCCUGAAUCGUUGGCACGUCUGGUGGUGACUCAUCACUGGGACACAGAGGCGGCCCUGAAGCAAUGUCAGGGGCUUCCCCUCUGCAUCAUUCACGGACAGGAAGACGAGAUAAUUCCAGUGUCACACUCUCGCCGUUUGCUUUCGAGUGCGCUUCACUCUGCUGCGCUGCGAGUGUCUCAUCUUCCGCCUCAUGCGAAUCAUUCAAUUGGCUUAGAGCCUGCUGCAAUGAGGGAGGAGGUACUUCAGCCGCUGCAGCUAUUUCUCCGUAAGGUUCGGUGUGCUGCUCGCCUGAGAAGGCAGCAACAGCUUCACCACAAGAAACACCUUGAGGCCCAAGCAAGGAGAGCAGCAGCAGCGAAUGCAGCAGCCACUGCGGUUGCAGCAGCUGCUGCUGACUCCCUUGUGGGUCACCUCCAACCCCAAGUGUCCCGGCUGCUUCGUGAAAGGACCAGCUGCGUUGGCAGAUGGCAAUUUCAGCAGCAGCAUGAGGGGCAGCUCAAGCACGAUCAGCGACAGCAGCAAUGUGUUAAGGCAGCAUCAGUAAGUUGCGAUGCGGUGAGGUAUUCUGCGAAAGCCUCUGGUGCGCAGAGCAGCACAGAUAGGAGCAGCAGCAGCACUAAACGAUGCUUUUCAGUUAAAGGUCGCCUGACGAGCCCGCUUACUAUGCAGUCAGCUGCAUUCUCACUGCGCCACCGGCCUCAACACUUGGAGCACAUGCAACAGCAGCAGCCGUUGCGCCGCCGAUCCUUGAAGCUUGUUCGCUCGAGAUUGCUUGAGGUAGACAGCAGCAGCACGGACGAUGAUACUGUAGAGGAAAAUAUACCGCAGAAGGAGCAUGGGGACGAAGAUAUACCUGAAUCGUCGUUGCCAGCAUCUCACAAAGCAGAAGUGGCAGCAACUUUAGAGGCAGUGGACUCGGACGCGUCAGAAACGGAAGCAGAUGGUGCAGCUGUAGCUGCAGACAACUCAGCGGCUCGCUUACCACAGUCUUUCUAUGGUGACUCUGAUGCUGAGGCUUCUUCAGCUCCCGUUGCGACAGUAACAGCACCUAACGCAGAUUUCUUACGGAGCCGCAGCACAGAUACAGGAACAGCAGCAACAACACCAGCAGCAAGAGAGAGGAUCAGUGCAGCGCGGGCAUUUCUGGCUUCAGAGGCUAAGAUUCACCGGAGACUGCUGCUGGCGUGCAGACGCAUGCAGCAGCAGCAGCGGCUGCCAAUAGCCUCAGCCAACACAUUUUUCACGGGCAAGGCAACAGCUCCAGCGGCAGCAGCAGGCGCUCCUGCUGUCGCUGCUGUGGCAUUUUCACAACAGACAAGGCGUUUGGGGACUGUCGGUGAAGCUCCAGGUGCAGCAGCAGCAGCAGCAGCUCGGGGCAUAAAGGCCCUCCACAUUCCAGCUGCCAGCCCAUGUGGCAAGGGAGACAUCAAUGGCCGAACACCAGCAGCAGCUGCCUUUGCUGCAAAGCAGUUUCUCUCAAGACAGAGGACGUGCCAUUCUGCCGUUUCGGAAGGAGAACGUUCAAAAUUGGGAGAACGCUCCAGCUUAAAACAGCAGCAGCAUCAACACAAACAACAGCAGGAGGAGCAGCAACAGCAGGCGAGUCGGCUGCUUUGCUCCCGACGAACAAUUGGUUCAUCAGCAAGAAGGGCUGUCUCACUCACAGGGGGCCACAUGUUUUGUAGCCAAAACGCAGAGCAGCAAUAG